AUGGAAUGGGGUCAACAGCAGUCAGAAGAAGAUCUCCCUUUGAAAAAUGAAUUAGAAAUGUUGGUUGAAAGGUUAAAGGAGGGAAAUGUUGAUCUUCACCGACCAACAUUAGAAAGUCUCCGUACCUUGAUUCGAACGUCUACCAGUUCCAUGACUUCUGUACCGAAACCAUUAAAAUUCCUCAGACCUCAUUACGCUACCAUAACCGAAGUUUAUGAAAGUUGGUCACCGUCUGAUAAUAAGAAUAGGGAUUCCUUGAAAUUUAGACUUCAAGGUUCGAGUGAAGAUCCUGGCUCUUGGGGACACGAAUACGUGCGACAUCUUUCAUCCGAAAUUGGACAAGAAUAUAAUCAUCGUCAAGAAAAUGAUAUGGAAUCGGAAGAUCUUAUAGGACUCGCAUUAGAGAUCGUUCCAUUCUUUUUAAAACAUAACGCAGAAGCGGAUGCUAUUGAUUUAUUGCUUGAAUUAGAAAUAAUCGAUAGAAUUCCACAAUUUGUAGAUGAAGACACUUAUGCACGCGUUUGUCGAUACAUGGCUAGUUGUGUGAAUUUGUUGGUUCCUCCGGAUGAUUUUCUUUUUUUACGUACGGCACAUACUAUUUAUCGACAACAUAAUAAAUUUACUGAAGCCAUAACAUUAGCUAUACGCCUAGGGGAUCGUGACUUAAUAAGAGAGGAUUUUGAUGCAGCAGGAGAAUUUGACGCACUUUUGCAAAAGCAAGUUGGGUUUUUAUUAGCUCGUCAACAAAUGCCAAUGCAGAUCGAAGAUGAGGACAUUCAAGAAAUAUUGAACAAUACACAUUUAACUAAACAUUUCAUUGCUCUUGCCAAGGAGUUAGAUGUUUUUGAACCUAAAACUCCAGAAGAUAUUUAUAAAAGUCAUUUAGAAAAUAUUCGACCAGGAUUCACUAGUGGCACUAUUGAUUCUGCACGACAAAAUCUAGCAUCAACCUUCGUAAAUUCAUUUGUUAAUGCAGGAUUUGGUAAUGAUAAAUUGAUUACCAUUGAAGAUGGGAAUGAUUGGAUCGGUAGAAAUAAAGAACAUGGCAUGUUGAGUGCAGCUGCAUCAAUUGGCAUGAUAAUGUUAUGGGAUAUGGAUGAAGGUCUUAUAAAACUUGAUAAAUAUUUAUAUUCACCUGAUGAAUAUAUCAAGGCGGGUGCUCUUCUCGCAAUUGGAAUCGUAAAUACUGGAGUUCGAAAUGAAAAUGAACCAGCUUAUGCGUUACUUUCUGAAUACAUUAACAAAACAUCUAAUCAUCAAUCGAGAAUUUGCGCUAUAGUUGGUCUAGGAAUGGCAUACGCCGGAUCACAUCGGACAGAUAUUUUAGAGUUAUUACUUCCGCUCGUUAGUGAUACUAAUUUAAGUAUGGAAAUAGCAUCACUUGCAGCUUUAUCUUUAGGAAUGAUUUUUGUGGGAGAUUGUAAUGGAGAUAUCACGAGUACCAUAUUACAAACGAUGAUGGAAAGGGAUGCAACCCAAUUGAAAGAGAGUUGGGGUAGAUAUAUGGGAUUAGGGUUGGCUUUACUUUACCUUGGCAAACAAGAUGCUUCUGAUGUAACCUUAGAGACAUUAAAAGCAAUUGACCAUCCCAUCAGCAAACAAGUUGGAGUUCUGGUUGAAAUCUGUUCAUUUGCAGGAACUGGAAAUGUACUCAAAAUACAAAACAUGUUACAUAUUUGUGAUGAUCAUUUAGACAAAGAGAAAGAAGAUGAUCUACAUCAAGCAUUUGCGGUAUUAGGAGUUGCUUUAAUAGCUAUGGAACCCGUUAUUCGUCGAUCCGUUCCUUUGGCAUUAGGAUUACUUUGUGCUUCUAAUCCUCUUUUAAAUGUUUUAGAAACGCUUAGUAAAUAUUCUCAUGACAAUGAUUCUGAUGUGGCUAUUAAUGCAAUCAUUGCUAUGGGUUUUGUUGGUGCUGGAACCAAUAAUGCAAGAUUGGCUCAGAUGUUAAGACAACUUGCUUCAUAUUAUCAUAAAGAACCCAAUUGUUUAUUCAUGGUUCGAAUUGCACAGGGAUUGUUGCAUAUGGGAAAAGGCACGAUAUCGAUCAAUCCAUAUCAUUCCGAUCGACAAUUGAUGUCACCAGUUGCAAUAGCUGGAUUGUUAGCAACAAUUAUUUCUUUUACUGAUGCCAAGACAUUCAUAUUGGGAAGAUAUCAUUGGUUCUUAUAUUUCUUAGUGACUGCAAUGUAUCCUCGAUUUUUGAUUACCCUUGAUGAAAAUCUGAAUAGUUUACCUGUAACUGUGCGCGUGGGUCAAGCGGUUGAUGUUGUAGGUCAAGCUGGUCGGCCAAAAACAAUUACAGGAUUUCAAACUAAUUCUACACCAGUAUUGUUGGCACAUUCUGAACGUGCCGAAUUAGCUACGGAAGAACAUAUUGCUCUGUCUCACGUUUUGGAAGGAUUUGUUUUUCUUAAAAAAAAUCCAGAUUUUAUGGAGGAAGAUAAAGAUUAA